UCUUCCUUAAACCUCCUCUCAUGGACUCCCACAACCUUCUCCCUUUCUUAACCAAACCUUUACCCUGCCUUCUGCUGCUCUGCUUCAUGUGUUUCUCUGCCAACUCGGCCAGACUCCUCGACGAGCAGCCACAAGUCCCGGGAAGUACUCCGGCUGCAUCGAGUGUCGUCCCGACGCCGGUUGGCAAUCCGGGGGGUGGAACUACUGCACCUUCAACAACUCUACCUAGUUCGGGCGCAACGUCGGUUGGUAACCUGGGGCAAGGAGCUACUACACCUUCAACAACUCUACCUAGUUCGGCCGGGACGUCGGUUGGAAACGUGGGGCAAGGAACUACUACACCUUCAGCAACUCUACCUAGUUCGGGUGGGACGUCGGCCGGUAACCUGGGGCUAGGAGGUACUACACCUUCAGCAACUCUACCUAGUUCAGGGGGGAUUCAAGAUGAUCACCAUACCUUUACCUUCUUCAUGCAUGACAUCCUUGGUGGUUCGAAUCCCUCGGCUCGGGCGGUUACCGGGGCGGUUAACAAUCCCGCCCUCAACGGCCAGCUUCCGUUUGCUAAACCCAAUGGAGCCGUUUUAUCAGUUGGUAAUGGUGUUCCUCAAAGCAAUGGAAACACUGGUCUAAUUAACAACAACAACCUCCCCUUUCUGAUUGGACUCGGCGGAGCUACAUCGCCGUUGUUGCAGAACAAUAACGGUGGCGGGAACAACUUCAAUGGCGCGUCGAGCUUUCCAUCUGUUAAUGCAGGGCAGCUCCCGUCCGGUGUAUCGGUACAACAGCUCAUGUUCGGCACAAUGACGGUGAUCGACGACGAGCUCACAGAAGGACACGAGCUUGGUUCUGGCUUGAUUGGAAAAGCUCAAGGAUUCUAUGUCGUGAGCUCGGAAGACGGAAACAGUCAAACAAUGGCAUUCACAACUAUGUUUGCGAGUGGCCAUUACGUCGACAGCCUAAGCUUCUUCGGCGUCCAUCGGACCGCCGUGUCGGAGUCUCACUUGGCCAUCAUGGGAGGCACCGGAAAAUAUGUAAAUGCAAAAGGGUAUGCCAACGUGAAGACUCUUCCAGGCACCAACCAGCAUGAAACUGAUGGGGUUGAAACUUUGCUGCAAUUCACUGUUUACAUCAGUUACUAAAAAUGCUGUUGUUUUAUCAUCUCUUCUAUCCUUCACUGCCAAUCUGUUUGAAUUCUCUGUCUGUUUUUGAAUUUCUGGUUUGCAAUGAAAUCU